AUGUCAAGCCUCCGCCGUCGAGUCGGGAAUAUAUUCGCGUCCACUCGCGCCAGCUCUACACCCGGCGCAUCCGCCGCAGCUACCCCCGACAACGCCAGCGACGACAACAGUGGAAGCAGCAGUAGCAAGAAUGCUGUGGUGGUGGAUGACAAUGGAGGGAAAAAGCUUCGUUUCGGCCCAGCCUUAGAACUUCAGGAAAUCUCUGUCAGGCGGAGGAGUAAACGGCGUAAUGGGUUGAUAUUCGGACUUGGAGGCAUUUUUGGGAUAUUCUUAGCUCUAUUUUUUGCAAAUCAGAAUGAAGUCAUUAGUUUGGAUGCUCUAAUGGAUCUAAAUUUGGAUUCGUUAAUGGAUGUUAUGCCGGCCGGCAUUAUCAGAGAUGCCAGCCAGUUCUCGCAAACGGAACGGGAAGCGGUAAGCUAUGAUGCCUUUUCGGUUGGCCUCAGUCUUAAGACUCAGGGAAUAACCGCAAACCAUUCUAUUAUUAUGGUCCCCGGAGUGAUAUCAACGGGGCUGGAGAGCUGGGGAACUGAUGAAAAGUCAAGACAAUACUUUAGGAAAAGGUUGUGGGGAAGUUGGACUAUGAUGAGGGCACUCGUUCUCGACAAAUCUAGCUGGAAAAAUCACAUUAUGCUCGAUAAGUUUACGGGACUUGAUCCCUCGGGUAUCAAGCUUCGAGCUGCGCAGGGUUUUGAUGCGACAGAUUUCUUCAUCACGGGUUACUGGAUCUGGAACAAAAUUUUGGAAAAUCUUGCUACCAUUGGUUAUGAUCCAACUAAUGCUUUCACUGCCGCUUAUGACUGGCGACUUUCCUAUAUUAAUCUUGAAAGGCGCGACCAUUAUUUCAGCAAGCUCAAGGCAUACAUUGAGACGGCUGUGGGACUUUCGGAUAGGAAAGUUGUUCUUGUUUCGCAUAGCAUGGGCUCUCAAGUAGCCAUGUUCUUCUUCAAAUGGGUUGAAAGUUUGGAGCAUGGGGGAGGAGGCCCUGACUGGGUAGAAACACAUAUUGACUCGUGGAUUAAUAUUAGCGGCUGCAUGUUAGGGGCAUCCAAGGGAGUCUCAGCUGUCCUGUCAGGAGAGAUGAAAGACACUGCACAGCUGAACGCCUUUGCAGUCUACGGGCUCGAGAAGUUUCUCUCAAAGGAAGAGAGGGCGGAUUUGUUUCGCGCCAUGCCUGGUAUAUCGAGCAUGCUCCCCAAGGGUGGAGACGCUAUUUGGGGAAAUAGCACAUGGGCGCCAGACGACCAAGAAGGCCAACCUUUCACCUUUGGUAACUUCAUAAAUUUUAAGGAGACGAAUUCGUCAAAGACGCAAAGCAACCUUACCGUAGACGGCGCGCUACCUUUCCUCUUCAAGCACACGGACCAAUGGUACAGAGAUCAGGUCCAGCAAAAUUACUCUCACGGCGUUGCUCAUACGACAGCAGAAGUCGAAGCGAACGAAAAGGAUCCACGCAAGUGGCUGAAUCCGCUUGAAACCCGCUUACCCAUCGCCCCAAACUUGAAUAUAUAUUGCUUCUAUGGCGUGGGCAAGCCUACAGAGCGGAGCUAUUUUUAUCAUGACGAUAUCGAUCCCUUAUCGAAGCUGAAUGUCAGUAUAGAUACAACAGUGACGAACGGGAUUGUGGAUCGAGGAGUGGUCAUGAGCGAGGGCGAUGGCACCGUCAACCUGCUCAGUCUGGGAUAUAUGUGUGUGAAGGGAUGGGGGAUUAAAAGAUAUAAUCCUGCUGGUGCAAAAGUUAAAGUGUAUGAGAUGCCGCAUGAACCUGGUCGGUUCUCGCCUCGUGGAGGCCCGAAUACAGGUGACCAUGUCGACAUUCUUGGUCGAUCACUCCUCAACGAUUUAGUUCUUCGUAUCGCCAGUGGGAGAGGUGACAUGGUGGAAGACAACUUUGUCUCUCGAAUAAAAGAAUAUUCUGACCGCGUUAAGAUCAGCGAGGAGGAAUGA